AUGGCGUCGGGACGCGCGGUCGCUGGCCUCGUCGCCCUGCUCGCCUUCCUGCAGCCUCUCCAGGGCUCCUUUCAGGUUUCAAUCAUUCACGAAGUGUUGGACAAGGAUGCGAAACGCCUUCUCAAGGCGUCUUUUUUUGAAAAUAGAAAAUUCGGCGCUGGUCUGCAAUGCGCCGUCGGGUGUAUGCAGACGAGACUUUUUUUUCACGCCAUUUUUCGAAAUUUCAUCAUUUUUCCUUUUUUUUUAUUUUUGUAUUAGUAUUGUAGUACAUAAUUUUCAUUAUACUGCCAUUUUUUUUUAUAAAAAAAGGAUCUCGCCAAAUUUGAACGGAGCUCUUCGAAUCAUAAAAAAAAUUUUUAAUUAAAAAAAUUCAUUUCAAUUUUUUUCUGAAUGUAUGUUUCCCAAUAGCUGCUUUUUUCAUUUGCGCAUCGAGCCAUUCCAAAUGCGACCAGAAUUUUUCCCAAAAAAAAAAAAUUAGGAACGGCGACUCUAUGAGGACCUCAUGCGCGACUACAACAAUCUCGAGCGGCCCGUUGCCAAUCAUUCGAUGCCGGUUACCGUAUUCCUCAAGGUAGCACGGGGAUACUGUAGACAUUGUAGCGAGAAAUUCCCUUAAGGUCUCCCUGCAACAGAUCAUUGACGUCGAUGAGAAGAAUCAGAUCGUCUACGUCAACGCCUGGUUGGACUAUGUCAGUAGUAAUCCCCUACAGUGACCCCGAAAAAAGUAUACUGUAGACGUGGAACGACUACAAGCUGGUCUGGGACACGGCCGAGUACGGUAACAUCACGGAUGUCCGAUUUCCGGCUGGAAAAAUCUGGAAACCCGACGUCCUCUUGUACAACAGGUAUCAAGGGGGAAUGACGCAGUUGGGGAAAUUGGAUUUGUCUUGAGAAAAUGAGGUUGAGAUGAGGGGGAGAAAAGAUUGAGCUGGAGGACUUGCUCUGGAAGAAGACCACCUUGUUGAGAAGAAAAAAAAAUGUUUUUUGAUUUCGAAUUCGAGAAAAGUUGAGCAUUAUGGCUUAACGUUAAGGGAAAUAGGGUAUAGCUGAAUUUUUUCAAAAAGGACUUUUAAAAUGCUUCAAAUUUCUUACGUAUAUUCGAUAAAAUGCGUAGAAAUCAAAAAAGAUUGAAGCUUUUUGAAAAAUAAUUUUUUAACUCUAAAAACCAAGAAAAAAGUUAAAUUUGUCAAUGGAGCGCAGAAACUUGUAUUUUCGAGCCUUUCAAGCGUUUUCUUGUAUUUACGUUCAGAAAGAUCAGGAAAAUGUGUGAAAAAUGUGCAAAAAUGCGAAAUGAAAUUUUUUCCGAGGGUUACGGUAUGUUUAAGUCCACAUUUGGCGUGUGCGUGUUUGCACAUUUUGAUUUUUUCAAUCUUCGCGGUUUCUUAAUCUUUUUUUUAGAUCCGAUUCAACUGUUACCUUUAUUUUCAAUCCAUUUCGAUAAAAUGUAGAAAAAACUGAAAAAAAAACGCGUAGAUCGUACCACAAAAUGUGCAAACACGCCCACGCCAAAAUGCGGACUUUCACAUACAGUACUCCUCGGUAGAAGGAGGACUCGCCCUUGUCUCCGAAAUGAGUAACUUGCUUCAAAAUUAACUGCGAAUCUUCCUGAACUCACGGAAACGGUCAAAAAUGGGGAAAUCAAAGCUUUUUUGAAACUAGACCAUCUUUAUAACUAGAAAGAAUUUUUUCUCAGCGUGGACACAAACUUCGAUUCGACAUACCAGACCAACAUGGUGGUCUACUCGACGGGAGAUGUUCACUGGGUCCCGCCGGGAAUCUUCAAAAUCUCCUGCAAAAUCGACAUUCAGUGGUUCCCCUUCGAUGAGCAGAAGUGCUUCUUUAAGGUAACCCAAAAAAAAAAAACGAUCCAGGAACCAAAAAAGGGUCUUCCGUAUUCAAAUAAAAAGCAAUGAGAAUCGUAGAAACCAAAAAACCCUCGAUAGGGCUCGAACCAGGAUCCCUUUGACCAUCAACUAUUCCCUUAGCCACUUGACCAAGCUCUUCAAGUUGGGCUCCUGCGCCUUUUCGAUAUCAGACCCGGAAUCAGUAUGAAAAGUUAAAACUAGUGAGGCUAGUCUCUUUCAAAAAAUAGUUCCGACCGUUUUUCGGUCGGCAGGACUCGAACCAGGGUCCUUCUGAUCAUCAGCUAAUCUCUUAGCCACUUGACCAAGCUCAUCAAGUUGGGCUCCUUAGCUUUUUUGAUGUUACAUCCGGAAUCGGAAUGAAAAGUUACAACCAGUGAGGCUAGUCUCAUACAAAAAUUUGGUCAGACCAUUUUCUGGUCGUCAGGACUCGAACCAGGAUACCUUUGACCAUUAACUGUUCUCUUAGCCACUUGACCAAUCUCCUUCAGUUCGGCUCGUGGACCUACGACGGCUACAAACUCGACCUGCGACCUUCGACCGGCGGCUUCGACAUCAGCGAGUACCUUCCCAACGGCGAAUGGGCUUUACCAUGUUAACCCUCCCACCGUACCCGGCUACAGUACCCUUUCCUCGAUUACAGUAACCACCGUCUCGCGAAACGUCAAGUUCUACGACUGCUGUCCGGAACCGUAUCCCGACCUCACGUUUUACCUUCACAUGCGACGUCGCACUCUCUACUACGGUACCCCCUACCGUAAUCCAGCCCAAAGCUACAGUAACCCCUUGUUAAGGGUUCAAUUUGAUCAUGCCGUGCAUUCUGACAACGCUGAUGACGUUGCUCGGGUUCACGCUGCCGCCGGACGCCGGCGAAAAAAUCACACUUCGUUUGCCUACCGUAACCCCCUUUGGAUUACUGUAGUUUUGUUGCAGAGAUUACGGUAUUACUGUCGAUUUGCUUCUUUCUGAGUAUCGUGUCGGACAUGUCGCCGCCAACGUCGGAAGCCGUUCCGUUGCUGGGUUUGUUGGCUUUUUUCGCGGUAACAUGAGCAAUUAUGAGAAGUUUGGGUCGGAUUUUUUUUUCUAUGAGUUUUGCGCAUUUUCUAAACGUUUUUUUUUUCGAGUUUUUUGGAUUUUUUCACAAUUUCCAGGUGUUUUUCGGUUUUGCGCAGGUUUUUAGUGGUUAUUUGUGCACGAAAAAGCGAUUUUUGGCUAAAUUUUUCAUUAUAGAACUUUAGGUAUCUUCUUCACGUGUUGUAUGAUCGUCGUGACGGCGUCGACGGUGUUCACGGUCUAUGUGCUCAAUUUGCACUACCGUACCCCCUGA